UGUAUGGGUGGCAAAGUUGCCCGUUCGUUGGUUCCUUCCUGUAUUGGUGCUAGGCUAGGCCAGGCAGGGCCCAGUCGCCGUUCGUAACUGAACUCAACUGAACUGAAUUGAACCAGCUACAUAAAACAUACACACAACAUUCGUAUCCCAUCGACGGGAGUGAAGUGAAGUGAAGGUAGAACAGUGAGUAAAAAGUGGCCACACCAGCACGACCCAGCACAUCAGCAGCCAAGUGAAUCAAACAGCAAAAGCCAGGCUUUUGAGGAAGAGGCUAGCUCCCGAGAAUCUAUACGCGAAGUCUAGGGAUUUGCUUUUUUUGCCGUGCUGCUACUUCUUUUGGUUUGAGUGGACCAACUGGGCUGAUUCCACCGUCAUACACGUUGCGGAUUUUCCACACCCGGGCCAAGGAACUUUCCAAGGAAAAUGUGUUUCCUAAACGGGCGGAGGGAUUAAGAUCAUCAGCCACCCAGCAUUUAGGAAAAAGUGCAGUUGAAUUUGCAGUGCAGUGUUCGAUUUCGUGAAGAAAGUCUGACGUAGCAAGUGUGUAGAUGCUACGUAACGUGCCCUCGCGAUAAGGAAUACAUUCAAUGAUAUGCUUGUACUGCGGAUUAACUAUGCUGAUAGCUUAAAUCCCAAACCUUUUGCUCCCUUUCUGGAGGAUUUAGAUUACUAAACCGAAAAUUUUGGGUGUUAUCUUAACGCGGUUUGAUGUGUUGUUUCAUAAAUGUUCCCGGCUCGGUGUAGAUAUUUUUGCCAUCGCUGCUCCGUUGAAGGAGCAUUCUAUAUAGUAUAGUGAGUGAGUGGUUGCUCCCGCUGAGUAUAUUUUAAACCUGGCUGGCAUAUAUCGGUCGAUGUUCCAAUGGGACAUGAAAAAAUCUGGAUUGGAAACGUAUUGAAGUGUCACAAAGUCACGUAACAUAGCGAAAAUUGAAAAUUGUUUGUAUUGGAUACCUUGUUAAAAUUUUCGGGAUUGGUGUAUAGCUAAGGCCGAUAUUAUGAAAUUUCACAACUACAGCAGUCCGCCAUCAAAGACACGAACCACCAGCGCGUCAUCCGAGACGGAACCGGCACUCCUGGUGCAGGAGCAGAAACAGAGGAGUGAGGCACCACCGAACGCGAAAGCCUCUCGCCCACAACAACAACAGCGACCCCCCAAUUCUCGGCGGCCACAGAUCAAUCUGAAGGAGAAAAUUACCCCGGAACAGUUACUCCAGCUGCAGCAACAGCAGCAGCUGCAGCCGGUUCUCAAGCGACCCCGGUUGGAUUCGUCCUCCGGUGGGGGCGGCGGCACCAGAGCCGUGGACGACGGGGACCCAACCCUGGGGGAAGAAGAAGACGAGGAAGAUCAGAAUCCGGACGAGGAGCCGGAACUGGACACAUCGGCUACCGAGUCGGAAACGGAAAUUAUGGAACAGGGCGUUCAGGAGGACAUGAUCGUGUCCCAUCCGGCACAGCAGCGGAUAGUGAUGAAUGCGCUCAAAGCGAAAGCGGCAGCAGGCGCCACCACUAUCAUCAUGACGGACGAUACCGAGUAUCAGCUGCAAACGGACGACGGGCUGGAUCACAAAAAGGUUAAACGGAAACCGAUGGCCAACCGGCAGCCCAGUAGCAGCAACAGCACCAGCAAUAAUGCUACCAGCACAUCGACAAAGGUCAAGCUGCAGAUGGUGCACGAAUUUCCAACGCUGUUUCUCGGCCUGCGGCGGAAUCGAAUCUUCCUGGUGAACUCGCUGGCCCAAAGCUUCGAUCUGAACCAGAGGGACAUCAUCCUGACCCUACGCAAAAUCAAACUAAACGAACACAACGCCCGGUUGGCGAGCGUUUUUGGACUGAACGAUAGCGAGGUGGAAGUGCUAUUCCGAACGAGCGUGCCUAGAAUAGCGGAUUGUUUGCGGAAUUUCAUCGUUUGGCCCGACGAUGUCACCAUGAAGCUGAACGUUCCGAUCAACCUGCGGCAGCAUUUCAACAAAAUUCACCUCAUCGUGAACUACCUGGUUAUCAAGGUCCGACAGAAUGCCAUUAAAUAUCUGUCACAGGCACAGGCGGAAUCUUCCUACUGUGAGAUCGACCAGUGUCAUAAGCUUAAGUAUUUGGUGGCCUCGACGUUAGAUGGGUGCGUGUGUUUCGUGUCCCGGGGUUUUGGAAUUGCCACUGACGACGAGGCCGUACUGGCACAGUCGGGCUUCCUGACGAAAUUUAAAACCAAUACCAACCUGAUCGCUGGUAAAAAUUUCCACAACUUCGAGGAUCGACUUACCAAUGGUAGUGAACACGAUCAUGAAAACAACAACGGAGGAGGAGGAGGUGGUCGCGGCCGAAUGGGAAACCCCAACCUGGAUCAAUCCCAAAACAGCGGUAAUGAAGACGAAAACUUUGAGGAAAUUGUUUCGGAAAAGAUCAGUAAAAGUAGGACUUUCAAGUUGAAAAGCUAUAUUGAAAGUGUGCUAGAGAGCUUCCAGAGCCACCUGAUCCUGGCGCCAACAGCCUGUGUCGAUGGCAAGUGUCUUGAACUGCUGGACGACGUGGUGGUUAUCGUCGGGGCUCUCAUUAACCUCCAGAAACAGGAAGUGGAGUAGGGUACGUUAACGCAAACAUAUCUUUUGGCGCGUAGGUUAAACUAAAGAGCAGACGUAUAGAGACAGUUUCAAUGGCAAACACAAAUGAGAAACUGUGGAAAGGUUUCUGAAGUUGGGUGAAGAUUUUUUUCUUUAUUUUUUUUGUUUGUUUCCGGAGUUAUUUUUUUACAUUGUUGACGAUUUUCGUUUAUGCUGCGCAUGGGCGGUGUUGUUCCGGAUAACCUCGGAAUACGGAUUCGAUUGUUGAAAUUUGGAUUCUUACCGAGAAUUUUUUUUUCUCAUUUUGCCUCCUUUAGAUUAGUGUAUGCGCCCGCUUUGCGUAUUGUAGAUAAUUUAUUAACAUUAUUCUGAUUAUUACUAAUAAUACUACUAGAAAAAAAUAUCUAAAAAGCUAUGCUAAGAAAAAAAAACAAAAAUAUCUCCAAAUCAAACCAUAAACAACAAUAAAGUUUAUCAAUGAAAUGUUCUCUGCAACCAUGUGGCGUACUUUUUCAACACUGUAAUAGGGUAUGACAUUGUUCAGAAUGUUAGCUUUGUUUCGGUAGAUUCAGUGAAAAAUAGUUUUCCACCAACUUUUCGUUAUUCACGAUGAAAAUUACUCAACGUUUUCCAAAUCUUAAUAAAUUUAAUCCUUGUAACUCCAAACAAGAAAUAUGGAUUCAGACAUUUUAAAUAUCAGAGAGAACUAGUUUCCUUAACUAGUCUAUUUGAAUAAUGUAUAUCAGAACGUUCAGAAAAAUAGGCUUGGCCCUAUCCUUUACUUUUUUUUUCUAAGGUUCGAAUCUUUUAAGGAUUUUUCACUGUUUUAGCCGAGACAAAGAUAUUAGUAUUCCAACAUCAUCCCAACAGAACAAUUGUAAAGUAAUUCAAUACUGCAGGGUUAAUCAACUAAUCUGUAAACAUCAAAAAUCUAUCUAUUUAGUUUGAUUUUCCAAACAAAAAUGUAUGUAUCGAUAGACUAUUAAAAUACUAGGGAUACAUUUAGGAGAAUUACCACAUAAAACUUAAUGACAAGUUCAUCGUUUGACUUUCUGUUUUAUGGUUUUGCAAUAUUUGAUCAAAGUAAAAAAAACAAAUAAAGUCAAGCUAUUCAGGCUUGAGUGUACUAACUGCAGGUGUUUAUUGAUGCUUAGGAAAUUCGAACGAUACGAUAAUAAACCCAAUAAUAAAAUAAACCACCCCAACCCUGCAAUGCAUAAUUCAAACAUAAGCCAAUGUUAACCAUACUUCAAGUUCUAUUGAUAGAUGAGGUUGCAAAACCAAUACAACAAGUAAAGCAUAUGAACACUGAAUGUAGGGUAGGAUUCACGGCGAUACAUUUUAGAUGGGAAAGCCUAGCGUAGGUUUUUAACGGGGAAGAAAAGUACGGUGAAAAGAGGGAAGGUUGAACAGAUGUCGAAGGAAGUCUUAUGAAAAAGGUAGUUUGGUACCAAUAACAUGCAGAGCUAACAAUGAACGAUUGAGUGCAUCAUUGUUCAUUGAAAGCUAAGAAGAGAGUCCUUGUAAAUACAAUUAAACCCUAUGUGAACAUUAACUUUAGGCUACAUAGUUCUACAGACAGCAAAUUUAUUACCGAAUUUUAUCACUGCGAGAGGAAAGAUGAUAACAGUUCAUACUAUAAGUACAUUUAGAAUUGCGUGAUGUUUUACAGAGGAAAAUAAUUUGAAAAAAAAAUCAACUGAGCACUUUUCAUUAAAAACAAUUAAAAAAAGAGAAAUAUUAUAAGUAAAAUUAAAAAGUGUAACACGCAGAUGACAGUAGGUAGUGCGCAAUGUUCUGCGGAAACCAUAUGGACUUUAAAAAAUCACACUUUGAAUGCAUCUAAAUCAAUAAAAAAAUAUUUACACGCAAGUAAAA